AUGUGCGCACACACCAAUGUAUAGGCCACGUGACUAAACUAUUGAAAUGAAGCGAAAAACGAAGAGUCCAACGUUAGGAAGACAGCUUAUACGAGACAGACAAAGAAAAAUGAGGCAAUCAGCAAACAGUUGGUUGCACACAAGUGAGGUAAAUGAUGAGAACGUCGGUAAAUGUUCUGUCAAGUCAGUAACGGAGCAGUCAAGUCUUGAUGAGUUUUUGAGUACAGCUCAACUGGCAGGAACAGACUUUACAGCAGAGAAACUAAGCCUUCGAUUUGUGACUGAGACACACAACAGUGGUAUCCCUACAGCUGAGGAGGCUGAUGCCAUAAGAGCUGCUCAAGCUGAAAACAGAGCAUUUCUGAGAAUUCCAAGGAGACCAAUGUGGGAUGCAGGUACAACAGCAGAACAAUUAGAUACAAGAGAGCAAGAGUCAUUCUUGCAAUGGAGACGGCAACUAGCUCAACUUCAGGAGAAUGAGAAUCUUAUAAUGACGCCGUUUGAAAAAACAUUAGAAUUUUGGAGACAACUGUGGAGAGUAAUAGAAAGAAGUGAUGUUGUCAUUCAAAUUGUGGAUGCAAGAAAUCCUCUCUUGUUCCAUUGUGAAGACUUGGAGAAAUAUGUGAAGGAAGUGAAUACAGAGAAGGAAAAUCUCUUACUGCUGAAUAAAGCAGACUUGCUGACCGACCACCAAAGAGCUGUGUGGUACAAACACUUUACCGACCGUGGAGUAAGAGUUGCUUUUUGGUCGGCAACUGAAGAAAAAACGAGAUUGAAUGCAUUGAAUUGUCCAAAGACUGACAAUGAAAUGGAGACUGAAAGACCUCAAGAAAGCAGUGAGUCAAACCACUCAGAAUCCAACUCUGACACAGACAGCGAGCUGUCAGACGUCAAAAAAUACGAACUAGAAAACGAAGCUCAUUCAACCAAUGAUGAAAUAGAGAUGAUCAAGAAAGGCAUCAAAAAUGCAAGCGGAGAUGAUCAAUGCCAGAACGUCAGACUUUCUCAUCAAGUUCAGGAAUCCAUGCCAGAUGACUCAACAGCUAUGCCAGACAAGAAUGAUGGAGUCUUGGCUGAUUCUGAUAUCAGACAAGGCUGUAGAUUGUUGACUUGCAACGAGUUGUUGGAUAUUGUUCAAGCAUUGACUGCACCAAGCAUCGUUGUAGAUAGAGAAACAGAAGAGCUGAUGACAGGCAGUAGAGUUGUCACCGUAGGAUUGGUUGGUUAUCCGAAUGUCGGCAAAAGCUCUACAAUCAACACACUCCUGCAAGACAAGAGAGUUCCGGUUUCCGUCACACCAGGACGAACAAAGCAUUUCCAGACACUGUUUAUGGGAAAGUCUUUGUGUUUGUGUGACUGUCCGGGUCUUGUAUUUCCAUCAUUUGCCUCAACGAAAGCAGAAAUGGUUUGCAGUGGGAUCUUGCCGAUUGAUCAGAUGAGAGACUACGUGGGGCCGAUCUCACAUGUUUGUCAGACGAUACCCCGGCAUGUAUUGGAGAGGAAAUAUGGUAUGUAUAUUGUGGGUCCACCUGACGGUGAUGACCCUAACAGACCUCCUCAUGCACUUGAACUUCUCAGUGCGUACGGAUACAUGAGAGGAUUCAUGACUGUUCAUGGUCAGCCGGACUGUCCUCGUGCAGCAAGAUAUAUUCUGAAAGAUUACGUCAAUGGCAAACUGUUGUAUUGUAAACCUCCACCAGACAUUGAGUCUGAUGAUUUCAACAGAGAGCUCGUUCGGUUGGAAACGUCUGACUGUUUGGAGGGUGGGAAUGCUGCAAGAGUAAAGCAACAAAGCAGGAAAUUAGAAUUGCAACCAGAAUAUGUAAAUGAAGUCGAUCAGUCUUUCUUCAGUCAGAGCUUGGUCCAAGCAAUAAGCAAGGGUGUACAUGGAGCUCGAGGCUUCACUCGAAAGUCCGACUUCGUUCAUCAUCACUCCACACCAUUGGAAUCGUGCGACGACCCAACAGUCGACACACAAUCCAUCAUGUCAACAAGCUCCUCAUUGACCGGCAAGCCAUGGAAGAAACAUCACAAGAAAAACAAGAAAGAAAAAACUCGAAGACUGAUGGAGACAAAAAUGCACCCUCAAGUACACUACUCUAUGUAUUAAU